AUGGCGGCCAACAGCAAACAUUCCAAAGUUAGUGGAACAUCCUUGAAGGAUCCUACUGAAUACAGGAGUGUUGUCGGGGCUCUACAGUAUGUUACUAUUACUAGGCCUGAUAUAGCCUACGCAGUAAAUAGGGUGUGCCAGUUUCUUCACACGCCAACAAUUGAUCAUUGGGCUGCCAUAAAGUGUAUACUACGUUACUUGAAAGGCACCAUGAAACAUGGAUUUUUCUUUGAUUCCAACCCAGGCCCAUUAUCCAUUCAAGCUUUUUCAGACGCCGAUUGGGUGGGGUGUCCAGAUGAUAGGAGAUCCACAAGGGGAUAUGCGAUAUUCCUAGGCCAAAAUCUCAUAGCUUGGAGCUCCAAGAAACAGGCCACCAUGGCACGGUCUAGUACUGAAUCAGAGUUCCGAGCAUGUGCCAAUACAGCCACUAAGAUCUUAUGGCUGAAAGCACUUCUUGAUGAUCUAGGGAUUCGACUAUCCCAAGCACCAACGAUCUGGUGUGAUAAUAUUGGGGCAACCUCUCUAGCAUCCAAUCCAAUUUUUCAUGCCAAGACACGGCACAUUGAAGUAGACUUUCAUUUCUUGCGAGACUUGGCACUGAACAAAAUGAUUUAA